AUGCAGGCCCAUACCACUCAAUCACGAGCAGUCUGGACCCCCCCUGCACUGGCCCAACCAGCCCCACAUAGUACCCCCCCCACCCCAACCAGCCCCACCGACGACCCCGCACUGCGAAACGGCUCACCCAAACCAGCCCCCACACUACCCCGCUGUCGGACACUGACCCCAACGCACUUUGUUCCCACAUACCUCGCCCGGCACGCCCAACCAGCCCCAACAGCUGCACCCCCAUGGCACGAUCUCCCAUACCAGCCCCCACCUUCGCUUGCACACCGCCCUGCGCACGCCCAACCCAGCCCCCCAGAGCGGACCCCGCGCUCCUGCCACCUGCUUUCCCAACCAGCCCACCAGUCGGCACCCGCCCGCACGUCCCAACCAUGCCCACAGCAUGUGUCACCUCCGCUCCGCAUCUCUCUCCUCAACCAUGUCCCCCAUCUGCCGACUCCCUCCUCCGCCCGCACUGCGAGAACCGCACUGGCGUUGACGGAGCAUGAGAGCCGAAAGCCACGGACAAAGGCCACAGGAGCAGAGUGUGUGGCCGCGACACUGGGUAACAACGGUGCAGAACCCAGCGAGAAUCUGUACGUAGAUGCGGUUACCAGCAUUAGCAUUGUCCAAGGCACCGACGCCACCUCCAUCUGCAGUGCCGCCCUCGGCCCCGGCUCCGUCACGGCGUGCGCCCCUGCCUCGUGCGGCGCGCCGGCCCAACUGAGCGUCCACGAGCGAACGCCCCCGCCCGGUGCGGUAUAG